AUGGAUGAUUUAGCUCUCCUUGACCUGUUGGAGUGUCCCGUGUGCUUUGAAAAGCUCGAUGCCACAGCGAAGGUACUACCUUGCCAGCACACUUUCUGCAAGCCCUGUCUGCAGAGGAUCCUGAAAUCCCAGAAGGAGCUCAGGUGCCCCGAGUGCAGGACCCUUGUCCUCUGCAGCAUCGAGCAGCUGCCCUCCAACCUGCUCCUCAUUCGCCUCCUGGAUGGAGUCAGGUGUGGACCAAACGUUACCAGGUUUGGCUCGAUCCAGAGGUCGGGGGUCCUGUCCUCCCCUGCCUCCAUCAGGAGAGUCCCCAGGGGGCUGCAACUUCAUCAGCACCGGCUGGCGACAAAUCCCAGGAUCCACAUGGAAGGGGUCCCACGAGCCAAGGCCCUGUACACCUACCGAGGGCACAACCCUGGGGAGCUGAGGUUCAAUAAGGGGGACAUCAUCAUGCUGCUCCGACAGCUGGAUGAGAACUGGUAUUUGGGGGAGGUCAACGGGAUCAGUGGCGUUUUCCCAGCCAGCUCCGUGCAAGUCAUCAAGCACCUGCCCCUGCCACCACCCCUCGGCAGAGCACUCUACAGCUUUGACCUGAGGAGCAGGGAUAAGACCGAAAACAAGGACUACCUGACGUUUCAUAAGCGGUCAGUUGUUACUGUACGAAAUGACAAAGAUUGGAGCAAGGGCAAGUUAGGCGACAAAGCAGGGACCUUCCCCACCCCAAACACCACUGCAAGGCAACUCCUGCAGACCAGCAAAAGCCACUGGUCCCCUCAGUUUAAGUGUGCGUCCCUACGAACGGCAUCUCCCAAAGCAAAGGGCGCGGAUUCACCGGCUUUCCCCAAGGUGUCCGACUCCAGGCGGAAGAGCCUGCGGCAGUUCUCCAUCACCACUGCCCUGAACACCCUCAACCGGAUGGUCCAUGCACCGGCCGAGCGUCAGGCGCUGGAGAUCAGCUCCCCUGUCCUCAUCAGCUCCAGCAACCCCACUGUGGCCACCCAGAGCAGCGAGAAAGCGGAGUUUCCCUACGGCACCCCUCUCCAGGUCAGUGCAUCUUACUAUCCUGCGCCAGGAUCAUUGGGGCCCUCAGCAGCCAUAGUCACUCUUCCCCAUCUGCAGCACCACCUAUCAGCUCAUAUGAAAUCUAACCUCUCUGACUCAAAGAUGCCUUCCCUGUAUGCCUCAUGGACGCUAUCGACCUCCUCACUCUCCUCUCAAGGGAGCAUCUCAGAAAAUGGCCCGAGACAAAGCAGACCCUUGAAACCGGCGCUGCUGCCCGUGCCCGUCACCUCGCCCGGGAGGAGCACAGCCGCCACAGCCUCGGGACAGGCAUCGCUGCGGCGCGGACGCGGCAGCACGAGGAAGAACGGAUCCCUGCAGAGGCCGGGGCAGGCAGGGACACCCGUGCAGGUUGCCGGCUCCCUCAGGCGUCCUCCCACGGCUGCGGUGCGACCUCAGCAGUUUCAGCUUUAUCAGCACAUCAGCCCCCAGCCGCACAGCAUCCCUCCUGGCACUGGCAUGGCCGAGACAGGAACGAGGCCAAACUUCUCCCACGAUGCUUCACCAGCGCUUGUGGUCAGAGGAGGGGAAAGCAGAACUCCCUCUGUGUGCAGCUCGGUGAUCCUGGAUGCCAAAGACCCUCCAGCAAAGAGCGAGGCAGCUCCAAAGCCGCCUGCGUCAGCCCCGCCAUCCAUCCUGGUGAAACCAGACACCUCCCGCAACAGCGCCGAAAAGCAAGUGAAGACGGUGAGGUUCCAGAACCACAGCCCCCCACCGCCCAAGCGGCACAGCCUGCAGCCCUCCCCGAGCCUGCCGCGCAGCAGGACAGAGCCAGCAGCCGUGGCGGAGGCUCUCCUGCCAGAAGCCAGCCUGCUGGGCCCCGAGCUGGUGGUGCUCUACUCGCCCAGGACCAGCUCUAGCCCCCUGCACCAGCGACGGGCACUGCACCCAAAGGCGCUGUCGCUUGACCUCUCCGGGCAGCUGACCUUACCUGUCAAGAAGAACUACAGCAGCAUUUCUGCAAACUGA